UUUUGGGAGCCACAUUUGGCGCGAAGAGCAUUAGUGAUCACGUUUCAAACAAUAGGCGUCACUCAAAAACGGUUAAGUGUCGGCAAUUAUAAAUUGAAUUCUUUUAGCAAUAUGGAAGAAGCAAUAGCAGCUCGAUUGAAGCCCUUUGUUAUCAGUAGUAAUGAUGCUUUGGAAUUCAAAUUCAUUCGAAAGGUGGAGGACUUGGAAGACGAUAGUACGACAUUUAAACCAGAUAUGUCUCAUCAAGUGUUUGGAGAUUGCGAAACAUUAUUUGGCUACAAAGAUCUGAAUGUAAAACUUUAUUAUACAGCUGGUUCAUUAGAAACGUAUCUGGGUAUGACUUAUUCUGAGAAAGUGAACAAAUUGAUUUGCGAGGAUGUUGAGCCUGAUGAAGUUUUGCAAAAAAUAUCGGAAAAACUUGCCCCUAAUGUACAUGAAAAUAUCGAUACGUUUGUCAAAUCUCUGUCAAAAGAUGAGAAUUUUAAGCCAGCUGGGGAAUUAAUAUAUUCCUUUUCAAUCGAUGAUAAUUUUCAAAUAAGAACUUUUGAAGUAUAUAAGGCCGAUAUGAGUUAUAAAAAUUUUAAAGAAUAUCAUCUGCGUUUACAAACCUUUCUUUUGUGGCAUGUCGAUGCUGCAAAUUUCAUUGAUAUCGACGAUGAUCAAUGGCAUUAUUUUAACAUGUUUGAAAGAUAUAAAACGGAAGGCGAUUCUGUGCGAUACGCAACAAUUGGCUUUGCAACUGUUUAUCAGUAUUAUGCUUAUCCUCACCAUACAAGACCUCGUAUUUCUCAGGUUUUAGUGUUACCACCUUUUCAAAAUAUUGGACUUGGUAGUCAUUUAUUGAGAGCUAUUUAUCGUGAAUAUAUUAAUCGUAAGGAAGUAAAAGACAUCACAGUGGAAGAUCCAUCUGACGAUUUUCAACGUUUGCGGGAUUAUGUUGAUGCGACAAAUUGCAGUACAUUGUCUAGUUAUGCAAAGUAUAAUCUUAGAGAAGGUUUCAAUAAACUAAUGGCGUCGGAAGCAAGAGAAAAAUUUAAAAUAAAUAAGAAACAAGCUCGGAGAGUUUAUGAAAUUUUACGAUUGAGAGCAACAGACUUGUCCAACGAUUUUGAAUAUCGCGAUUACCGACUGGAUGUGAAAAAGAGACUUAACAUACCAUAUAAACGAGAACAAAAUGACUUGAAAAAAUUGGAAGCAGCUUUAAAAACCAAUGAUAAACGUCCAGGAGUUAGUCUUCCUAUACAAGAGCAGCGUAUGCAGAUUCUCGAUAAGGAAUAUCGUGCUUUAGAAGAGGAAUAUAAAAAAGUCAUUAAAAGGUUGGAUAAGACAUCCGAUUGAUAUUGCUAGUCGGUUGGAGGGAUAUAAAAAAAAAA